AUGUCGCGUCGCUUGUUGUCGAGCCUGGCGCGCGGCGCCGGCCGUCUCGCGGCUCCGCGCUCCACGCGGCUCGCGCCGAUAGCGUCCGGCGCGGCCUCGUCGGUCGAGGCGUUCACGCGCCGCGAUCGUAUGUCCACCUCACGCGUGUGCGACUGGAUGCCCGCCAAGUCGGAAUCCGCCGGCCUCGUCGAGCAGCGCCGCGGGGUGAAAACCGAGAGCAAGGAGGAGAUGGUGUUCCACAAGGUGGCGGACGAGAUGCUCCACAACCUGCAGGACGCGGUGGAGGCGUGGGGCGAGGACAACGCCGGCGACGACUUCGACCUGUCGCACGAGAUGGGCGUGGUGACGAUCGCGAUGGGUUCGGGGAAAGGGACGUACGUCAUCAACAAGCAGGCUCCCAACAGGCAGAUCUGGGUCUCCUCGCCGGUGUCCGGGCCCCUGCGGUACGAUUACGACCCGGCGCGAAAGGCGUGGUUCUACCACAGAGACGGACACCUGCUGCACGAGCGGCUGAGGGAGGAGCUGCUCGGGAUGUUCGGGGGCGAUCUGGACCUCGAGGGGCUCAACGAGUGA